AUGUCAAACUACAUUGGCCACGACGAGACCAACCGCAUCAAACGCUACGACAGCGUCACUCAACUGACACCCUACGAGUACUGCUGCAACAAGAUGGAGUGGGUGGCCAGCACCCUGCGCGACUCGGCCGACUGCCCAUCGUCGGCAUCAUCACUGGAGUCACUAUCGAUCGUCACUUUCAAUGUCUGGUUCGACAGCUAUCUCUGGCGCCAGCGCGCCACUGAAUUGUUUGGAAUCGUCGAGCAGCGAAUGCCCGACGUCGUCUGUCUGCAAGAGGUGACGCCAAUGUUCCUCGACUACCUCAAGGAGCAGCGCUGGGUCAAGGAGCACUAUCUGAUGUCAGACUGUGGCCACUCUGACACGGUCUUCCCCUACGGCGUCGUCAUACUGUCACGUCGCGACAAUGUCAAGUUCCACCUGCACUCAUUCACGAUCUACCCGCUGCCCACGCGUCAGAACCGCAAGCUACUCACUGCACUCUUUCAAUUGGACUCGGGUGCACUGAUGUCUGUGUCCACCGUGCAUCUCGAGAGUCUGAACAGCAAUAGCGACAUGCGCAUCAAACAGCUGCAAACUAUUGAGCGCAUCACCCAGGAGAGGCGCCAGGCCAACCAAUUGGAGUGCGACUCAUUCCUCGUGGGCGACCUCAACUUUGGCGCGUCCACAAUGGAGAAUCAAGAGUUGACCCGACUGCUCUAUGCAGACAUGUGGCGCGAGAUCAAUGCCAAUCAAGAGGGUGUCACGUGCAUCAAGAAGAAGGAGCGUGUCGAUCGUAUACUGCAUCUGAGAUCGUCAUCAUCACAGUCAUCCGUCAACAUAUCUGCUGAGCAGUCGUCCAUCUCGCUGCUUGGCACCACAUCAAUAUCACUCGAUCACGAAGCCAGACAGGCUGAGCAAGUGGGUGACAAUGAGUUGGUCUAUCCAUCCGAUCACUUUGGUCUCUAUGGUCGAUUCUGUUGUUGUUGUUGA